CACCUGUGCACUUAACUCUUUUCACAUAUUUAUCUGGUUUCAUGGCAGACAGUAGCAAUGUGGGCGCGUCCUCGGCGCCAUCGAGCACACCAGGACCGUCCGUCCCCAAAGCCAUAGGCAGUCUGGCCAAAAAGCCUUCUGAUGUGACCAGACAAGGAUCACAGAGGCUCAAGUUUGUACCUACACUACCAUCCCGAAGAAAGAAAGAGGAAGUUAAACAGGAAGCCCCUCCACCAACCAUCCCUAGUGCAUCUACCGAACGAGGACGAGGACGCGGACGCGGACGCGGAAGGGGUAGGGGAGGCGAAGGUCGUGGUGCCGCUCCCCGCCCGCCUCCAGUAGAAAUGACUGCCAGUGGACCAUUCGCCAUGGGACCCGCUCUCGCAGGUACCUCAGCACGGCGCAGUGCUCCUCGCUCCAAUUUCACACCCAUUGUUCCAUUGGGUCCUGGAAAUGCAGCUGCUCUUGGUGCUGGUCUCUCUGGAACUGCGGGUCCGUCGUUGAAGAGGGAGAAGGAGACUCUGGCACCGAACAUCCUUGUCGAGAAGGAGAUCAAAAAGGAGCUCGAUGACGAUUAUUACUCUGAUCCAGACGAAGGCGUCGAGAUCAUUGACAUGGAAAACGUGAGAGAGAUGGACUGGAUGGCUCCAGAGAGCUUGCGAAAAGAACGUAAAGAAAAGAAGAAGAAAAAGGUCAUCCAAGUGAAGAUCGAGGAUCCAUCAUCGCCUUCAAGUUUGAAGAAAAAAGAAGAGGCUAUGGACAUCGAGGAUGCAGCUGCAUCGGGGGAAGUGGACUUGGCGAAUGCCCUUGAUCUUAGUGAGAGCGAGGAAGAGGAAGAACUUGAGGAUCUCAUAGAUGAUUUCGCGCUGCAAGGUGAAGCGGACCAGGACGCAGACGUACGGCAGGAGCGUCUCUACUUCUUCCAGUUCCCUGAGCCGUUCCCAACAUUUGUUUCCAAUAUCCCGCCAACUGAUCCGACGACAAUGAGUGUUGAUGAGCCCCCCUCAGAUACUCGCCCACGCAAAGUGUCUUUUGCGGCAGACGUAAAGCCACCAGGUCCUAGCGGAGAUCCAGCAGGCGCGUCUACAGGACCAGAGGCUGACCAAACGAAAGAACUACCCACAAUGGAUGGUGUCAUUGGGCAGCUUGAAGUAUAUCGCAGCGGGGCCGUUAAAAUGCGCCUUGGUAAUGGCAUCCUCAUGGAUGUGACUGGCGCAACUCAGCCAUCGUUUUUGCAGCAGGCUGUCCACCUGGAUAUUCAAAACAAACGUUUGCACGUCAUGGGAGAAGUCAACAAGCGCUUUGUCGUCUCGCCAGACAUAGAUACACUGCUUCAUGCAAUGGAGUUGCGCGAUCAAGCCGAAGCCAACGCCAUGCCAAUCGACGACACGAAUAUGAUCAAGAUGGACUAGUGUGUAAAAAUCAAGUAAUGUAAACAAAGACAAGCGUGAUGUGCAGGAGACAGCGGGCAGCAAAAACGUGCGGUGUGCAUGACGAGAACAUG